ACGGGAGCUAAUAGGAGGGUAAACAUCCCUGGGGUGGUGUGAUAUACAGGGACACGGGAUAUAUACACCUGAGGGGUGUGAUAUACAGGGGCACGGGAGAUAUACACCUGAGGGGUGUGAUAUACAGGGGCACGGGAGAUAUACACCUGAGGGGUGUGAUAUACAGGGACACGGGAGAUAUACACCUGAGGGGUGUGAUAUACAAGGACACGGGAGAUAUACACCUGAGGGGUAGAAUAUAUGGGGUUUUUAUUGACAUGCAGUAGGUAUUUACCGCUUGUGAUGAGCACAUGCAGUAGUUAGAUACCCCCUGGGAGGGUAGAUCUAGGCAUGAAGUAGUUAUUCCCCAGCUGGGUCUGUGAGAAGGACACGCGGAGGCGCUGGCUCCCGGGAAGCACUAUGAAUAUUGACGUGGAGUUUCACAUCAGGCAGAACUACCCAUGGGCCAAGCUCCCCGCCAACGUGAGACAGAGCCUGGGCAACUCCCAGAAAGAAUACGAGAAGCAUGUAGUACUGUACAGUAUCCGGAACCAGCUGAGGUACCGGGUUAAUUUAGUGAAACAUGUGAAGCGAGACGAGCGGAAAUACUACGAGGAGCUGUUAAAAUACAGCCGGGAUCAUCUCAUGCUCUACCCGUACCACCUGUCCGACAUCAUGGUCAAGGGGCUUCGCAUAACGCCUUUCUCCUACUAUAUAGGAAUAAUGGAGGAUAUCAUGAACAGUGAAAAAAGUUAUGACUCCUUGCCAAACUUUACUGCUGCUGACUGUCUAAGGCUUCUUGGUAUUGGAAGAAACCAAUACAUCGACCUAAUGAACCAGUGCAGAUCUUCAAAAAAAUUCUUUAGAAGGAAAACUGCCCGUGAUCUGCUUCCCGUAAAGCCAGUAGAGAUCACCAUUGAGCCGUGGUGGGUGGUGCAGGCCGGUUACAUCACCGAGGAUGAUAUCAAGAUGUGUAGCACAGCAGAGAAACAAGCUAUUGAUAAAAUCAUCGACUCGGGCCCACAGCUUGCAGGCACUCUGGAGUACGUCGUCGUCCACAGCCUUUAUAACAAAGGAUUCAUUUACCUUGAUGUUCCAAUCUCGGAUGAUAGCUGCAUUGCAGUGCCUCCCCUUGAAGGAUUUGUGAUGAACAGACUACAAGGCGACUACUUUGAAACUCUUCUGUACAAGAUAUUUGUUUCCAUUGACGAGCAUACAAACGUGGCGGAGCUUGCGAACGUUCUGGAGAUUGAUUUGUCGUUAGUAAAGAACGCCGUUUCCAUGUACUGUCGCUUGGGUUUUGCCCUUAAAAAGGGGCAAGUCAUAAAUCCGGAUCAGCUGCACCCGUCCUGGAGGAGUGCGUCAUCUGUCAAUAGGAUAAAAAGCACAUUGGAUCCUCAGAAGAUGUUGCUUUCGUGGGAGAGCACGGAAAGCAAGAGUCCUGUCCAGGAUCUGCUCUCCUCCGCGACAGACACGGAUACAAACAGCCAAGAUGACGCAGCCGAAACUUCCAGCGUCAGCAGCCUGAAUUUAUCCGGUGGACAUACAAAAAGAAUCGCUUUCCUCUUCGAUUCGACGCUCACCGCCUUUCUAAUGAUGGGGAACCUGUCGCCGAACCUAAAGAGUCACGCGGUCACCAUGUUCGAAGUUGGCAAACUUUCCGAUGAGAGCCUGGACAGCUUUCUCGUGGAGCUCGAGAAGGUACAGAGCACCGGCGAGGGGGAAGCCCAGAGGUACUUCGAUCACGCUCUGACGUUGAGAAACACGAUACUCUUCCUCCGGCACAACAAGGAUCUUGUUGCUCAACCAGAACAAGGGAUCGCAGGUUUGCCUUUGGACCUCCUGCGAUGCGAGAGCCUUUUGGGUUUGGACCCCGCAACAUGCAGUCGCGUUUUAAACAAGAACUACUCGCUACUUGUAUCCAUGGCACCUCUGACCAACGAGAUCCGACCUAUUAGCAGUUGCACCCCACAGCAUAUCGGACCGGCGAUCCCUGAAGUUAGCUCCAUAUGGUUUAAGCUCUAUAUCUAUCAUGUAUGUGGACAAGGACCACCCUCGCUCCUGCUAUCCAAAGGGUCCAGACUCAGGAAACUACCGGACAUUUUUCAGGCGUAUGACCGGUUGCUGAUAACGUCGUGGGGACACGAUCCAGGAGUGGUUCCAACGUCAAACGUGUUAGUAAUGUUGAACGACGCUUUAACCCAUUCAGCCGUGCUUAUUCAGGGUCACGGCAUGUAUGGGAUGGGAGAGACGGUGCACGUGCCGUUCCCGUUUGACGAAGUAGAACUGCAAGGAGAAUUCUCCAACUCCAAUAUGGGCGUUCACAAAGCCUUAAAAACCCUGCGAGAGAAGAUGGAUUUGGAGCAUUUCUGUGGAUACGUCACAAUGUUAAACCCAGCCAGCCGGCUAGCGAGCCAGAGACGACUGAGCGACACCUCGGAUGGUAAAGAUGAACUAUACGUAGCGCUGCAUUCGGACGUCCAUGGCAGCACCGAAUCCUUUGAGCUUGUGGUAGAAGAAACCUCCGUCGAUCCCGCGGUAAAGUCUAGCGAAGUGUCAACGGUAGAAAAAGACUGGGUGCCGUUGGAUCUCUGCUAUGGAAUUCCGCUGUUUGGUUCGGAACUUAACCGGACGGUUUGCAAGAAAAUUUCUGCCCACGGACUUUGUGGGAAAGAGAGCCUCCAGAAUCUCCUCCACUCCAGUCGGAAGCUUUCUCUGCAGGUUCUCAAUUUCGUUCAGUCAUUCCAGGACCCCAGCGUAACCGUAGAUCAUGCCGCCGAGUCGAAUGCAUCGAGCGCGCUGACACAGUGUAGCCCGGCGGACGUCGGGGUUCCGCUUCCCUCCAAGAACCUGAUUUUCCAAGACGGGGUCCUUUCUGAAUGGAACGGCCGCGCUCGCGUCUCCAAACACAACGCGUACAUACUUGGGGGCCCGGCCUGAGCGCGGCUUUAGCGUUGUGCGGUUUAGUUGUCAUAGCUGUAGUUUUGCUGUAAUUUUUUAUGUCUGUAUGGUAAGUCGUGUGAUUCUAAAACCUGUGGCUGAUCGCUCUGCGUCUCCCUACAUUCCCAGCAAGGCUUUAGCGCUCUUGAGAACUGGAUUUAUCCGCUAGA